AUGUGGAACUUGGCGACCAAGCGGACGCGACAGCUGGAGGACGAGACGGCGACGGUGGACGAUGCCGUGGCGGCGAGAGUCAUCCAGCAGUACCUCCGACACACGCUGUCCAAGGGCUACGCUCCGGUGGAAGUAGAGGCAUGGGAGCGGCAGCGGCGCGAUCUGCACGACAUUCUGGAGGCCUCGAUCGAGUCGGGCGAGGCCAACUCUGUGCUGAUGAUGGGCUUUCGGGGAUGCGGGAAGAGUCUGGUGCUCGACAGAGUGCUCUCGGAGCUGGAUGGUGAACAUCCGGGCAAGUUGACGGUUGUCCGCCUCUCGGGCCUUGUCCACUGCAACGCGCAGCUUGCGCUUCGCGCCAUUGUGGAGCAGCUGCAGGGCGGCGUGGUGGCGGCGCUCGACAACUUGCGCGAGAUCGAGCGUGUGGAGGGGCUGGCCGCUGAGGCCGAGGCCCGCCACAUGCUGGCGGUGGAGAACGACAUUGCCGCCGAUCCCGAGCUCGAGCGGGUAGUGCUCGCCAAGGCCAAGGCCAAGGAGGUGCCGGCCGAGGCACGGAUCCGCGGAACCCGCGGCCGCCGCAAGACGCUCGGCGAGGAGCUCGAGGCUGGGACUCGGACGCUGACGGCGAACCAAGUGGCGAACUUGGAGGCUGCCAAGGCGUCGUCGUUUGCCGAGGCUCUCGACGCGGUGGUGGGCAUGGUCGAGACGCUGACCGGGGCCAACCGCGGCGCCCUCGUCUUUGUCCUCGACGAGUUUGACCUCUUUGCCGGCCAUCCGCAGCAAUCGCUGCUAUACAACCUGCUCAACAUGGUCUCGCACGCCACGACCGGCCUUGUUGUUGUCGGCCUCACAGCGCGGCUCGACGCCAUCGAGCUGCUGGAGAAGCGGGUCCGCUCUCGGUUCAUGCACCGGCGGCUCGACUUUUUCUCGCUCGACUCGUUCUCGCAGCUCCUUGCCGUCCUUCGCGAGCGCAUCACGCCGCCGUGCCCCAACGCGCCGCUCGCGGCUCCGCUGGUGGCUGCGCUCGGCACUGAGCGCGUCGCCGCCUGGGCCGCCGCCACCGACGCCCUCUUUGCCACCGACUCGUUUCUCGACACGCUGCGGCUCCGCUACGACAUCUGCACCGAGGUCCUCUCAUUCAUCGACUGGUUCAAUGUGGCGGUGGCGUACACGAGCCGCGACGCGCCAUGGCUCUCCCUGGCGGCAAUCACUGCCGCGAGCAAGGCGCUCUUUGUCGACGCACGCGAGAACAUGCUCCGCGGGCUCUCGAUCCUCGAGCUCUGGCUCCUCGUUGCCAUGAAGCAGAUGUGGGAGCGUGGCAUGUACGCCGCCAACUUUGAGAUGAUCUACGACGAGUACCGCAAGCUCGCGCAGGGCUCGUUUGCCUCGGUCCAUUUUUGCGCCCGCAAGGUCGCGCUCAAGGCCUUUGAGCACCUCGAGGCGCUCCAGCUCGUCGCCCAGUCGUCCGAGUUUGAGUCUGGCCAGGGUGGCAUGUCAUCCGACGACUACUCGACGCUCCACCGCAAGUACCAGGUCUCCAAGCGCGGCGGCUUUGGCUUUGGCCUCCUUGGCGACGUCUCAUCACUGCAGCUCAACGAGGUCACUGUCUCUCGGACCCAGACCGCCAAGGAGUACCGCAUGAACCAGCUCAUGCUGACCCCGGAUCAGGUUGUCAACGCUCUCCGCCGGUACCCCAACUGUCCCACCGCCCUCCUCAUGGCUGCUACUCAGCUGGCGCCAUCGCACCAGUCUUAG